CGGCGCGCGAAGUUUGAAUGACGUCAUUUGGCUGAUUCCCUUGACAUAGCCGCUGGUUGGUGGGAGUUCGUCACUGGAGGCCGCUGUCAGUUGAAGAAUGGCGAAGUCAAGAGUUAAACAGAGAGAAUCGGAUCCGGAAGCCGCUGACAGGUUAUCGUGCCUUCCCGAAAAGCUGCAAAACAGGCUGCUCCCAUUUCAGAGAGAAGGAGUCCUGUUUGCCCUGCAGAGGCAUGGAAGGUGUAUGAUUGCGGAUGAGAUGGGCCUCGGGAAAACUCUCCAGGCGAUUGCCGUGGCUUUUUGCUACCGUGAAGAAUGGCCGCUGCUCAUUGUUGUUCCCUCCUCCUUGAAGUAUCCAUGGAUUGAGGAAAUGGAGAAGUGGAUCCCGGAGCUGGGACCAGAGGACAUAACAGUCAUUGAGAACAAGACAGAUGUUGGGAGGAUAUCCACUUGCAAAGUGACGGUUUUGGGGUACGGCCUAUUAACCGCCGACGCUAAGACGCUGAUCGACGCCCUGUAUAAGCAGCACUUCAGAGUAGUUCUAGUCGACGAGUCUCACUACAUGAAAUCACGAAACGCUUCUCGGAGCAAACUUCUGCUGCCGAUUGUCCAGAAAGCGACAAGAGCCCUUCUUCUCACCGGGACGCCGGCGCUCGGAAGACCCGAGGAGCUUUAUAUGCAGAUCGAUGGACUGUUCCCCAGACUAUUCGGAACGUGGACGGAAUAUGCCAAGAAAUACUGUAACGCUCAUGUCAGGUAUUUCGGCAAUAGGACUCAGUGGGAUUACAGAGGAGCCUCCAAUUUAGAUGACUUACACCAGCGAUUAAGCAGCAUCAUGAUCAGGCGAUUGAAGAAUGAGGUUCUAACCCAGCUACCGCCCAAAAUCAGGCAGCGGAUACCCUUUGAUCUGCCGAAGGACGUGGCCAAGGAAAUGAAUCAAAGUUUUGAAGAAUGGGAAAGACUAAUGAGAUGUCCAGAAUCGGCACCUUCAGAUUCCGGGAGCCCCUUCAUUCAGGUCAUGGGCAUGAUUACCCGCAUGUUUAAGCAGACGGCACUGGCAAAGGCUGGAGCCGUGAAAGAUUACAUUAAAAUGAUGUUAGAAAAUGAGAAGCUGAAGUUCCUGGUGUUCGGGCACCAUCUCUCCAUGCUCCAGGCCUGCACAGAGGCCGCCAUCGAGAGCAAGGCCCGUUACAUUCGAAUUGACGGCAGCGUGCCAUCUGCUGAGAGGAUCCACCUGGUUCACCAGUUCCAGAGCGACCCGGACACCCGCGUAGCUAUUCUUAGCAUCCAAGCUGCCGGACAGGGGCUGACACUCACGGCCGCCACACAUGUCGUCUUUGCCGAGCUUUACUGGGAUCCAGGUCACAUCAACCAAGCCGAAGACAGAGCGCACCGCAUCGGGCAGAGUAGCUCCGUGCACAUCCAUUAUCUGAUCGCCAAGGGGACCCUGGACACCCUGAUGUGGGGCAUGCUGAACAGGAAGGCAAAAGUUACCGGUAACACGCUAAACGGCAAGAAGGAUAAGAUUCAGGCCGAAGUAGACGACGAGGAAAAAUGGGACUUCUUGAGCUUUGCCAAAUCAUGGACUCCGAACGAAGAACUGGAUGAGAUGAAAGACCAGCUCUUUACUCACUUCGAGAAAGACAAGCAGCAUGACAUCCGCUCGUUCUUCUCCCCUAAACCUGACGGAGAAAAAAAACGCAAGAGGGUUGUUGGAGAAGAAGAACGUGUAGAGUUAGACGGGGAGACGGACAACAAAGACCCAGAAGAAGUUUUUGCCACCGAAGCCAAAGUCUCGUCAGACGUCAGUGAAGUGGUCGAUGUCGAUGCCCUUUAUAAUGAUGAAGACUUUGAACAGCAAGCCAAGCGUUUCCGACCGUCCGGCAGCCAGACCCCGAAAUCUACCCCUAAAAGCGCCAAUUGUGGAAAGAGGAAGUCUUGGAAUGGCAAACCUUCUAACUUGUUUCCGUCACCUAAAGCGCGUGGUCUUUCUGAAAGUGCCUUACUUACCCCCCCAAGACCUCCUCUCUCCGAGAGGCUGUGGAGCUGCACGGCCUGUACAUACACCAAUAACUCCUUGCUGCCAUAUUGUGAGAUAUGUGAAAGUCCUAGGAGCAGAAAAGGAGGUUCUGAGAAGCAGACCCAAGCAGCAAAUGUCUCCUGCAUUCAAGAGGAAAAAGAAAAUCGAAGUCAGAGUGAUGGGGAUAAUGAGCUUGUCGACUGUGCUCUGCAGGAGGCGCCCCCUGCUCCACAAAGUGACUUACGGGGGGAUCACUUACUAAGCAUUCAAAACAACAACUUAGAAGCCCACCCGGGGGAGGAAUCAGCAGCCACUGAACCAGAGCAUUGUCACAACUCCACUUGUUUCCCCGUGUAUGAUGGAUUAAUGUUCUGUGCCAGCAGGCAUACGGACCGCAUCUAUUUAUAUAGCAAGGAUGGAGAGCCACUGAGCUGUAAUUUCAUUCCUUUGGAUAUUAAACUGGAAAACUGGGAUGAUCUACCUGAAGCCAUGCAGCAGAAACCGAACCGAUCCCUGAUCCUCAGGUUUGUCAGAGAAUGGAACAGUUUGACAGCGAUGAAGCAGAGGACAGUCCGUAAGAGCGGCCUGAUCUUCAUCAGCCCCGUCCUGACCGCCGGAGAGCUCUCCAAGCAGCACUCGGCGCACAGCAGCACCAAGAGGUACCUGACCAAAGAAGAUGUCGCUGCCGCCUCAUUAAGCAAAGUUCAGAGCAGCGGGGGAAGCGUGAGGCUUGUCAGCAGGGAGCGCCCGCCGUCCGUCAAAGAAAAGGUGUCUCCGGGUACAGCUGCGGGACCCCCCACGCGGACCGAAGAUCCGAGAGAUGCCGGGUCCCUGCUGGACGCUGAAGGUGAAGGCUACCUGCAAGCGGUGGACAGUGCCGGGAAUCCUCUGUGCGUUUACUGCCAGGAACCCUGCCCCCAGCGCGCGGAGCGGAGUGAGGCCGCGGCCUGGGACAGUCGGUUCUGCAGCCGCAAAUGUCAGGAUGACUUCCUGAUCCGCUCCAACCAGAGCUACAUGAGGGCGAGUGUGUUUGAGACGGAGCACGGGGUGUGCCAGCAGUGCUGCCUGAACGCACACGAGCUGUUCCUGAGCGUCCGCGACGCCCCCUUGAGCCAGAGGAAGGGACUGCUGGAAAGCACGUGGAUGGCGCAGCUUCCGCUAGACCAGUUAAACGAGCUGAUCCGGAAUCCCACAGAGGGUCAGUUCUGGCAGGUGGACCACAUCAGACCCGUGUACGGCGGGGGAGGACAGUGCGCCCUGGACAACCUGCAGACACUGUGCACCGUGUGCCAUCGAGAGAGAACAGCUCGUCAAGCGAAAGAGAGGAGUCGAUCCAAGAAGCUUUCCGUGGCCUCCAAAUAUGGAUCCGAUAUCACCAAAUUCUUUACCAAAGCCUAAUGUCUCCUCCUUGUUAUAACUGAUGUGUUGUAUCCGUCAUUUUAUGUGUUUUCCACGCUCUAAAUUAUGGAGUAAAUAAAAGAGGUUUCUUUUGUUAAAUAGACAACGGCCCAAUCUGAGGUUCUAAUGACAAAAUCUGUCGAAAAUAGUGAGCGUUUGUGUCCAUACCCUGACGGAGCAGUUCUCUCCCCCCCUUUCCCAGCAGGAAGUCCUAGCAGGAUCUCAAGUGGCAUUUAAUGGAGGAAACUCCCUCAGUUUUGUAGGUUAUCAGUUUGAUGUUUAAAACCCUUUUAAAUGAGACCGAAGCAGUGACUGAAGAUCACACUUAAUGGCGGCAGUCAUUGUGCAGGGGGUCCUUCUGUAACGGCCUUUUACAUUUUCCUUCUUCAGGAGUGAUCCUUGGCUUUUCUUACUAAUUAAUUAAUUAUUAAUAUGUCUAUCAUGAUGUGAACUGGAGU